AUGGGCGACAUUGCAGUUGAAAGCCAGGUCAACCAUGCGCCACCACACAAAAAGGCCGCUCCAUCAGCAAUUCCCACCAUUGAUAGCUUCGAGGGCCUACCGACAGAGGGCGGCGAUGACUACGCCUCGCUGAAGAAGUUGCAGAGACAGCUAGAAUAUAUUCAGCUACAAGAAGAGUACAUCAAGGAUGAGCAAAGGAGCCUGAAGCGUGAGCUGGUGCGAGCCCAGGAAGAAAUCAAGCGCAUUCAGAGUGUGCCGUUAGUCAUCGGCCAAUUCAUGGAAGCCAUCGAUCAAAACACGGGUAUCGUUCAGUCAAGUACCGGAUCUAACUAUGUCGUUCGGAUUCUUUCUACCCUUGACCGCGAGUUGCUCAAGCCUUCAUCCUCUGUCGCCCUUCAUCGACACUCAAAUGCUCUCGUCGACAUCCUCCCCCCUGAAGCCGACUCUUCCAUUGCCAUGCUUGGCGCAGACGAGAAACCUGAUGUGACAUAUGCCGAUGUUGGCGGGUUGGAUAUGCAGAAGCAGGAGAUCCGAGAGGCUGUCGAACUACCCUUGACGCAUUUCGACCUCUACAAGCAGAUUGGUAUUGAUCCCCCUCGCGGUGUUCUGUUGUACGGCCCCCCGGGAACGGGCAAGACUAUGCUUGUCAAAGCCGUUGCCAACUCGACCACCGCCAGCUUCAUCCGUGUUGUCGGCUCUGAAUUCGUUCAGAAGUACCUUGGAGAAGGCCCCCGAAUGGUCCGAGAUGUCUUUCGAAUGGCCCGCGAAAACUCACCUGCCAUCAUCUUCAUCGACGAAAUCGACGCUAUUGCCACCAAGCGUUUUGAUGCCCAGACUGGUGCCGAUCGUGAAGUCCAGCGUAUUUUGCUUGAACUUCUUAAUCAGAUGGACGGGUUCGAUCAAACAUCCAACGUCAAGGUCAUCAUGGCCACCAACCGUGCCGACACUCUGGAUCCCGCUUUGCUGCGUCCCGGUCGGUUGGACCGAAAGAUUGAAUUCCCCUCGCUGCGGGAUCGCCGCGAACGUCGUCUCAUCUUCACCACUAUUGCUAGCAAGAUGUCGCUCGCCCCUGAAGUCGACCUAGACAGCCUGAUUGUACGCAACGACCCUCUUUCGGGCGCCAUUAUUGCCGCCAUCAUGCAGGAGGCUGGUUUGCGGGCGGUCCGCAAGAACCGAUACAACAUCAUUCAGAGCGACUUGGAGGAUGCAUACUCUAGCCAAGUCAAGGGUACAAGCGAUGAUAACAAAUUUGACUUUUACAAAUAA